AAAUGCGUUUCCCUCACUCGAAAAUUCUCGUCUUAUUCUCUCUCACACUCGCGAGACACCCAAAAUAGAUUACAAAACAUGUCUUCUCAACAAAUUUAACAUCACAAUAGAUGAAAUGGAUAAAAACACAGAUCUCUUGCAAGAAUCAGCUUCACUUUUACGAUCUCAUUUGUGCGCAAAUUUGACUCAACGUAGACAAAAGCACACCUCUUAUUCCGCAAAUCUUACCUUUCCACAUCAACACGAAUAUGCAAAUUCCCUCAACACUUCAUCUGCUCCUCAUCUUUAUCUACACUCCAACUCAACUCUGUAACUGUCUGCCUUGAGAUUUGAACUUCUUCGUGGUCAGUUUGAGAAAAUCUUCUGCAGCUUCUUGACUACACUUUUUCUCCCCUUUUCAAAAUACACUAUCAAUUGCCGAAUCUUCACGAACUCUCCCUCCCACUCACACACAAAAUCACAACCCCAGUGAAAUUCUAGUGCUCUUCAUUGUUCUUCAACUGUGACAAAUUAUUUGGAGCAAUUUAAUUGCAAUAUCACAGCAUAUCCGCAAGUCCACAAGACAAAGUUUCCGAGUAAUUUUCACCAAAGUUGCAAAACUCGUGAAAAUUUAUUCUUCACGUGAGACGUUAUGUGACGACGGCCAGGCAUAUUGAUCGUUGGCCACACGCCAAGUUGUGAAAAUGCCUAAGAAGAACCAAAUACGAACACUCUGCGAUCAUGCCCUAUCUCAAGUCGCCCGGACCAUUGUCCAGGCGAUCGGCGACGGCACGUUCAUGUUCGCCGGAGAAUUGGCAGUGGUUAUGGUGCAAAUAAACGACUAUCUUGAGAAUGCUGGGGCGACUAGUGACAUAUAUCAAGAUCUGCUCAGAGUUAUCCUAUGUUCGGACACCCUAGACGCCAGCAUUAGAUUCACAUGCCUUCAGAUGCUACUGAACGGUAGCGUUCAAUUCCUUGUGACUGAAAUCUUCCCCUUUUCCUACUACGAAAAGAUAUUGCAGAUCAUCUCCGCUCAAGGACAUGGCUUGAGAUACUUGAAUCUCAAAGGAGUCUGGGUGAAGGAAGAACUGAUGUUCUAUCUCUAUGACAUCAUGUCCAAGUUGCCUCAUCUAGAGCACCUAAGCGUCCCCUAUAUUGCCAAUGACGAACUAUUGGAACACAUAGGCAAACACAGUCGCAAUCUACGAGUUCUUGAUAUCGCUGGAGAGACAGACAUAACGGAAAUAGGGAUGGAAUGUCUCUCUCUCGGCGUCUGCAGAGAGACGCUAUCAGUUGUGGACAUAGGAAUGCUUAGAGAGGAGAAUAUUUGUCACACAGACGUUGCUUUGCUUCUCUCAAAUUGCCCCAAUAUUGUCACUUUGAGAACCUAUUCCUACGUUGGUCGCUCAUUGGUGCACAACCUGCGACAGGAUCCAGGAUUUAGAUGUAAACUCAAAUACGUCCACGACACUGAGACCACAGACAAGAUCCUCGAUGCCAUUGUAACGUGUUGUCCGGCAUUGGAGAAUCUCUACAUGGACACUCCAGAUGCUGGGAUUCUGCACAAACUGCGACACCUGAAGCACCUAGAACGUCUCAAACUCUACAAAUUCAGCUGCAAGGAACUUGAUUCCGUCCUGAUGACUGGUCUCGGUGCAAGAUUACACUUCAUGACACUGAUAAAAGGUCGAGGAACCCUAGACUUAGGCAAGCUAGCCAGCACCUGUCCUGGAAUCGUCGAUCUAGAUUGUUACAUGAUGGACCUGCUCGUCUUCGCCUCAGACCACACCUUCGAAGCCCUCGAGGGACUCGAGAUUCUCAGCAGUUCAAUAGUCCUCAGCAGUCUGAAGCACUUUGUGGCUAAACACACAACCCUCAAGCGACUCGCAAUAGAUACAGUUCAGUUUACGGAUGAAGACAUGAUGAGUCUUUUCGUGGAGAACAACUUUAAUGUACUCGAAGAUAUCUGGUUUACAUCGGCGCCCAAUUUAACAAUUAGCACAGUUGAGAUUCUGUUGGAACGCUGCCCAGAACUUCAGAGCUUGGGCCAAUUGAGCGGCUGGGCACUCACACCUGACGAUCUGUCACUUCUCCGUGGUAUCCUCAAGAGUGGAAAUUCGAGUCUCGUUCUCUCGCCAUCCAGCAUCUUCCCUUCAUAGCCUUCACAGAUUAUAAUGAAUAAAUAGCUGCAGAAUGUGCUUGGAAAUUCCACAAAAUGCUAAUAUACGAGGAAGGGCAAAAGUGAGCAAAUUUCCCCCAAAUUAAUGCUUCAUCACUGAGCUCUCCAUUGAAGGUCCCACAGCCAUCUCUCCCUGCUCUCACGCCGCCCCGAAACGGACGGGAAUGGUUAUUGGCGCAAUUUCAGGUACAACAUGAUAAGAUUCAACUCCAUAAUGCUCCACUGUUGUUCCACAUCAUCCCCAUUGUGCAAACAAUAUUGAAUAUCAUCCCUCUCGCAGCGACAAGGGUGAAAAGUAAACAAGGAAAACUCCAAGAGCAACUCAGACAAAGUGGCCAAAGCAUCGAUGGUGUGAGACGAGCAGAACUACACAGAAAAACUUUUACCUAUACUGUCGAGUAAAAUCAAUAUCGCAAUAUGUAGUUG